AUGAUCGAAUACUCGGAGAAAGAUCAUCGCGGACCCACUCACCAGGUUGGCCCACGUGAAGCGGGAGAAAGCUUAAAUGCGAUGGAGGUCGCCCCUCCUGUAGCAACUGCAACAAGAGGGACCUCGCAUGUAACUACGUUCCUGUUUCCAGCACGCGUUCCUAGAUACAGCCCAUCACUCAAGACUUGUGUUUCGGUCCAGCAUUCUUUCUAUACCCCUACAGUGAUUAUGCACGUACGAUACCCUCGAUUCUAUGUCAUCCCGCUCCGGAGUAGUACCCUAUGCGAAUAUGAACUUAAUGGCGGUGCACCCAGUUGA